CCGGAAGUUACCGCCUGGUUCUGUCCCUUCCACAGGCAAACUGGAUUGCGUCAAAACGUAAAACAUUGCAACCGGGGUCUUUGCAAACCCGUCUCCUCUGGCCUUAGUGUGCCACAAUUGAAGCUGUUUAAUGCAGAUGCGUGGUUAGCACUGAACGGCAAAAGUGAAACCAUUUAGAAGCGGAAGGGGUGAAGUUCCAGUGGUUUUCUUAUCACAAAAGACCGUGUUCGUUCUUGAUGGAGACGUUCAACUUGGUGUGCGCACUGCUGCUGUGCACCGCCGCGGCCCACGGGAAGCCCACCGCGAGGAAAGAGCGAGUUAUUCACGAAACCAACCUAAACGAGAGGACCCAGGAAGACAACAAAAGCUUCCAGUACGACCACGAGGCCUUCCUGGGCAAGGAGGAGGCCAGGACGUUCGAUCAACUCACCCCGGAGGAGAGCAAAGACAGGCUCGGUAAAAUAGUGGGGCGGAUCGACAGCGAUGCCAACGGCCUCAUCACCACAGAUGAGCUCAAAGCGUGGAUCAAACGUGUCCAGAAGCGCUACGUUUACGAGAAUGUGGCCAAGGUCUGGGCAGAUUAUGACCUCAACAAAGACGACAAGAUCUCUUGGGAAGAAUACAAGCAAGCCACAUAUGGAUACUACCUCGCCAAUCCCGAAGAGUUUGACGAUACGACAGACCAGUUCAGCUUCAAGAAGAUGCUUCCCCGCGAUGAGAGGAGGUUCAAAAUGGCUGAUCUGAACGGAGACCAGGCGGCUGACAGGGAAGAGUUCACAGCCUUCCUGCACCCUGAGGAGUUUGACCACAUGAAGGAGAUUGUGGUGCAGGAAACCCUGGAAGACAUUGACAAGAACGGCGACGGACAUGUGGACGAGGACGAGUACGUUGCCGACAUGUAUGCCCAUGAAGACGGCGGCCCAGAGCCAGACUGGCUCAAGACCGAGAGGGAUCAGUUCUCCGACUUCAGAGACUUGAACAAAGACGGUAAAAUGGACCGGGAUGAAAUCCGCCAAUGGAUUAUGCCGCAAAAUUAUGACCAUGCCCAGGCUGAGGCGCGACACCUGGUCUACGAGUCUGACCAGGACAAGGACCAGAUGCUGACUAAAGAAGAAAUCUUGGAGAAUUGGAACAUGUUUGUCGGAAGUCAAGCCACCAACUACGGAGAGGACCUCACCAGGAACCAUGAUGAGCUUUGAGCUUCACUUCAGCUUCUAAUGUGUGCGUGUUGAGGUUGAAUUGAUAUGUUGUAUGGCAGAAUCUCCUAGUCUUGUUUGACCCUCUCUCUAUGUCACACUGUUGGUUUAAGAACCAUCACUGUCGGUAACCAACAAGUUGGAGGACUUGUUGAUCCGAGCCGGUCCUACCACUAACACAAAAAGGUGAAAAACGUUUCAAUGUGUUGCUCUGUUUCUGACAUUCAGGAACAGAAAGAUGACGUUCUUCCAAUCAUUGGUGCCUUUCGCCGACUUGUCGGCUUCGCUGCCUUACAAGCUUUAUGAAUAACUUUUUGAUAACAACGUUAAUGUGAAACUGUAGUUCAAAGAACUCAAGUUUAUUUAUUUACGUUUUGGCUCUGGUGAGGCAGUGUGCGUUGGUGAAAAAUGUUUUUAAUGUUUGAACUGUUUUUCUGAUACGAUGUACAGUGAUGUUUUAACUGCAGUGUCUUUGCACAUCAUGGUUUGUUUGACGUAGUUUAGCUCAUGAAAGAUUUACUCCGAUUUUACGUCUAUUUAUUUGUUAAAAGGGCCAAAAAUGUCUCCUUACCCUACCAUCUUUUAUUGUUUGUGUUUCAUUAUUUCAAAACACCACAUUUAUUUUAAUAGCUCACAUUAGCGAGGAGUGGCACGCAGUAACAUUUCUUGUAUUUCCACAUUGAAAAAAAGGAAAGCUCAGUUGUGUACAAAUAAACAAACAAACACGUA